GGCGGCCUGGAUGAGCGUUGGGGGUACGCAGCCCUACGAGUAUCCUCUCCUCUCAUCUCGGUGUGCCCGCCCACUCCCGCCCUUCCCUCUAUUUCCGCGAAACCGAAAAACAAAACCCCUCUCUCAUCCAAUUACACUCACACUGAGCUAGCCCCUCUUAUGGGGCAAGUCACCCUGUCCCACCAUGCAUUCUAGCAGUUCUUGAACCCUAGAGACCAUCCCAGUAACUUCAACAUCUAUAUUUUCCCGUAGUUGACCAUGGCUUCCUUCACAUAUUCUAUCUGCUUUAACCCUAUGUCUGUAAAAUUAACACUUCCUGCUUCUUCUUCUGGUUAUGGUUCAGUAUCAGUGUUUCGUUCUGCGCCUAUAACAAAAUUGAGGUGGUCUCAAAGUUUUUGUCAGAAGAGGAGGACAAUUCUGAUAGCUAGGGCGGAAGAUGGAGCUUCUAAUGGAUCAAAAAGCGAAGGAAAACCUGCUAAUGGAACACUGCAGCCCAAGGGCAGGAAGGAAAUUCUUUUGGAGUAUGUGAGAAAUGUCCAGCCAGAAUUCAUGGAAUUGUUUGUCAAAAGAGCACCCCCCCAGGUUGUAGAAGCCAUGCGCCAGACGGUGACAAAUAUGAUUGGGACACUUCCUCCCCAGUUUUUUGCUGUAACUGUUACCACUGUUGCUGAAAAUCUGGCGCAGCUCAUGUACAGUGUUUUGAUGACUGGUUAUAUGUUUAAAAAUGCACAAUAUCGUUUGGAGUUGCAGCAGUCUUUGGCACAAGUUUCUCUUCCUGAUAAGCAGGACUCUAAGGAUGGGGCAGAUUAUGCACCUGGAACACAAAAAAAUGUGACUGGUGAAGUUAUCCGGUGGAACAAUGUUUCUGGUCCUGAGAAAAUAGAUGCUGUGAAGUACAUUGAAUUACUAGAAGCCGAGGUUGAGGAGUUAACACAUCAAGUUGGAAGGAGGUCAGCAAAUGGACAAAAUGAACUUUUGGAUUAUCUGAAAUCCCUUGAACCGCAUAACCUGAAGGAGCUGACGAGUAGUGCGGGCGAGGAUGUUGUGCUGGCUAUGAAUACCUUCAUUAAGCGUCUUUUAGCUGUGUCAGACCCUGCACAGAUGAAGACUACAGCAACAGAGACAACUGCACCAGAGCUUGCAAAGUUGUUGUAUUGGCUGAUGGUAGUGGGCUACAGCAUCCGAAACAUUGAAGUUCGCUUUGACAUGGAGCGAGUGUUAGGUACAACCGCGAAGCUUGCUGAGUUACCUCCUGGUGAGAACAUCUAAUGCACAAUUUAAACAGUGGAUUGCCACCAUAUGCAAUCCAACCUGCCAAGCUUAAGGGGGUUUGAAGGUAAUUUGGGGAUAGAUGGUGCUUUCUCUCUGGCCUGGCUGCUUAUUUAUGGCAGUGUACUCAAGUAUAGAAGAGGAAAUGAUUGGAACGUUCAAAAGAAGAAAUGAGCUUCAGAUGGAAAGGGACUAGUAAAAGUUCCUAGAAGAAUGGCUUCUGAAAUGAAAAUGGGUAAAAGUGUAAUUGGAGGAGACCCACUUGAUGAAAUUUAGUUUACAUCGUGGGAGACCUCCUCUAGGGGCCUUAUUGGGACACAUGCCAAUCUAAUCUAUAUUAGGUCAAUUUGAUACACCUUAGAGCUAA